AUGUCGUGGCGCAACCAGGGCAUCACCGGCUCUAACAACAUUCCUCUAGGAAACCGUCGACGCAUUGGUGGCGACAGCAACGGCGACGAUGGAGCUUACAAUCCUUCUGAGCCGUCUGCUGGCCUCGACCUGAAGCGUGGUCGCAGCCCGACACGAGAUGCCGACGGUCCUUCGCGCCGCAAGAAGCGCAACCGGUGGGGUGAUGCGAGCGAGAACAAGGCCGCUGGUUUGAUGGGCUUGCCCACUGCCAUCUACUCGGCCAUGACUACCGAACAGCUUGAUGCCUACACGUUGCACUUGCGUAUCGAGGAGAUUACCCAGAAGCUGAAGAUCAACGAUGUUGUUCCAGCCGACGGGGACAGGUCACCUUCUCCUCCGCCGCAGUACGACAACUACGGUCGUCGUGUGAAUACGCGCGAGUUCCGCUACCGCAAGCGCCUCGAAGACGAGCGCCAUAAACUUGUAGAGAAGGCGAUGAAAACGCUUCCUAACUACCACCCACCGGCAGACUACAGGCGUCCUACUAAGACACAGGAGAAAGUCUAUGUGCCAGUCAAUGACUACCCGGAGAUUAACUUCAUUGGAUUACUUAUCGGCCCGCGAGGCAACACGCUCAAAAAGAUGGAGUCUGAGUCCGGCGCGAAGAUUGCGAUCCGUGGCAAGGGCUCCGUCAAGGAGGGCAAAGGUCGUUCUGACGCAGCUCACACCAGCAACCAGGAGGAGGACUUGCAUUGUCUGAUCAUGGCCGAUACCGAGGACAAGGUGAACAAGGCGAAGAAGCUGAUUCACAACGUCAUUGAGACGGCUGCGUCCAUUCCAGAAGGCCAGAACGAGCUCAAGCGCAACCAGCUUCGUGAGCUUGCCGCUCUCAACGGUACCCUCCGUGACGAUGAGAACCAAGCUUGCCAGAACUGUGGUGAGAUCGGCCAUCGCAAGUACGACUGUCCUCAGAAGCAGAACUUCACGGCCAGCAUCAUCUGCCGUGUCUGUGGACAAGCUGGGCAUAUGGCUCGCGAUUGCCCCCAGCGCAAGACUGGACAACCCUGGCGCAACGACAACCGUUUCGGCGAUCGCCCCCAAGCCAGGAUUGGCGGUGCCGAGAACGAGCUCGACAGCUUCCUCAACGAGAUGGGUGGUGGCGACGGGCGAUCCGCUGGAGCCAUCGAAUACAACGGCAAUGGAGGCGGCUAUGGUGGAGAGGAACAGCGCGCUGCGAAGCCUUGGGAACAGCGCCCAACUGGAGCGCCUGCUCCGUGGGCUCGUGGCAACGACCGCAGCGACGAUCGUGGCCAGGGCUCUUCUGCCGCUCCGUGGGCUAGUGCCGGUCAAGAUUCGUACAGCCAGGGAGGCUAUGGAGGCGGUGCAAGUGCAGGUGCAGGUGCUGCUCCGUGGGCUGCUUCUGGCGCCAACGCUUCUGCUUCUUACGGCUACGGAAACUAUGGAUACGACCAACAGGCUGCUCCAGGUGCCGCUCCUCCUGGCAUGAGCUCUUACGGCUAUGGUGCUGCUCCUGGCGCGCAGGCCGGCCCGCCUCCUGGACUUGGACCUCUCUUCCAAAACUAUGCUGGCAACGCUGGAAGCCCGCCUCCUCCACCUCCGCCUGGCUCUGCUCCCCGCCGCCUCCUCCAGGUGACGCUCCGCCCCGCCUCCUCCGUCCGACGCCCCUCCGCCACCUCCCCACCGCCGCAGUAG